AUGCCCAACUCGUCCAGCACUUCUCAACAGGCCAACACGGGCAGCGAAACGGCGUCGACGUCCUAUGUGAAUUACGUCGAAAUGAGCGCGGAGCAGGAAUACUUCCUGUACGAGUUGGAGACAACGGAUAGUGGAAGUAUGGGGCUGGUCCUGAGAGCGAUUUAUGAUACUGGCGACGUCCAACAAUUUGCUCGGGCACUCCAACAGCGCAUCUCCCACUACGACAAAAAUAUCCAGAAAGUGUGCUCGUUCCACUAUCAGAGCUUUGUGGAUGCGAUGCAGGAGUUGAUGCAGUUGAAGGAGCAGUGCCAGGAUAUCAAGGACGAGACGGUCAGCAUCGACGGAGAGAUUCAGAGAAUCAGUCAACGACUCUGCCAGAAGAAACAGGAAAUUGUGAGAUAUCGCAAGCUCAUGAAGAAUGCCAAAACCGCCAUGGACCAAAUCACCGUUUGCUUGCCAGUUCUCGAGAACUAUGCCAAACUUCAAGAACAGAUGGGAAAUAAAAAAUACUAUCAAGCUCUGAAGACACUGGAAGAGCUCGAGCACACCCAUCUGGCUCUGGUCGAGAAGUAUCGAUUCACCCAAGUUCUGGCUAAGAGCAUGACACCAGUGAGACUCGAAAUCAAGGAGAAGGCUUACUCCGAGUUCAAGGACUUCUUGGAAAACAUCAAGAAAGUUGCAGGGAGAAUUGGAAAGCAUGCCAGCAAAGAUACUGCUGAACAACACUCGUUUGGUGUCACGGAUGCUGAAAGAGCCAGAAAGAUUCAAGAAGAAGCUAGAAAAAAUGCUAGCAAUGUCGAGAUUGAAGUCUCUGCUGAUGGCAGCAUCGUCAAGAAGAAUGUUUCUCCGAAGAGAUAUCCACAAGCACAAAUUGAGGACGACGAGCAAGUCUCCGCCCAGGAUUUGAUCGACUUCACCCCGGUCCAUCGAUGCUGUCAAAUCUUCAACGUUCUCGGAGCCAAAGAAGAGUUCGAGCAGUAUUACCGGCAGCAAAGAAGAGAGCAAUGUGACUUGGUUAUUGAGCCAUCUCACAAAAUGAACAAUUUCAAGCACUACGUCGAGUAUUUGGACGAGAUUGUUGGUUUCUUCGUUGUCGAGGACCAGAUUCUGAUGACUCAAUCGAACCUGUCGACUACUGCUGACAAGGACAAGUUGUGGGAUAAUGCUCUGUUGAAGAUUCGCCACCAUUUGGAUGCAAGAUUUGGAGGAUGUCCGGAUGUCGAGAUGAUGUUGAGAAUGAAGAAAGUCAUUCUUCUCUUUAUUCUUACCAUGAAAUCGUAUGGAUAUGCGGUAUCUCCACUCUACGAGUUGCUCCAGAACUUCAGAGACCAGUAUAAUGAGAUUCUCGUCAAGGAGUACUGCGCUCAGUUCGAGAGAGAUCUUGACAAAGACAACUACACCCCAAUCACUGUCAACACUGAGGAAGAAUUCCGUGCCGUCAUCCGCCAGUUUCCGUUUUAUAAGAGAAGUAUGGAACAGGAAGCCUUCCCGCGCAAAUUCCCAUUCUCCCGCUUCAUCAUUUCGGCUUACACCCAGGCGAAGCAAUAUUUGGUUGGGUGCUUGAAAUUCAUGGACAACUUGCAACUGAACACUUCUGUUAUUGACGAUACUGUCAGAAGAUGUGCAAAUGUUCUGCUUGGACGUUGGGCUGGAAUCUUGAAGACAUUCGUUCACAAACGACUCUCGAUGAUUCAACUGGUCCAAAUCACCAUCAACCUUGGAUACCUCGAGAAGUCAUGUGAAUCGCUUGGAGCUUUCAUUACCAGCAAGACUAGUGGAGAAGAGGCAAUUGGAACAACCUCCCAUCAAGUUGUGCUCUCGGAAAAAGUCUUCCGCGAUGUCCGAAGUGAGGUCGAGCAGCAAAUCGACGAGUGUAUGCAGAGCAAAGUGGAUGAGAUCAUUGAGUUGGCGAACUACGACUGGGAGUUGCCUGCUGCAUCGGGACAAGCGUCGGAUUUCAUCACCGACCUGAUCAAGUUCCUCCUCACCACCUUCCAAUCAUUCACCAACCUGCCAUCCGGACUGGCGAAGCAUGUCUGCACUCAGACCUGCAAACACAUUUCGCAGUCACUGUCGGACUUGCUGCUGUCCCCCGACACAAAGUGUAUCUCAACCGGAGCUCUUGAUCAGUUCUCGUUGGACGUGAUGCAGUGCGAGAUGUUCACCACAAGAUGCCCAGUCACUGGUGUAGACCCACAGACGCUAUCAAUGACGUUUGCUGAUCUUCGACAGCUACUGGAUCUAGUGAUGUCCUCCGACUGGACUACCUUCAACGCGGAAUACGGCAAGGACCACGCCAAAUACCUUCGAGUAAAGGCGUCGACUGCUAUCGUCGUACUCGAGAAAAUGAUCGAGUACGAAAGGAAAAGUACUGGAUUCUUUGGAAUUGCUAGAGGAGACCGCAAACGACUCCUCGACACCAUCGUCCGCCAACUUAAGCUUCUUGAAAUCCAGUAA